AUGUAUUCACUACCUGGAAGUAAAUAACGCAUAUUGUUACUUUAGAAACAUAAGACUAUUUGUUUUAAACCUGAGAUCUAAGAAAAAUAGAAACUUAAGCAUUCUAAAGCUCUUGAUCCAUUUCAUUAAAGAUUAAAACCAAUCUCAUCAAAAUGUUUAGAAUAUGUUCUUUCAAUUAGGUUUUAAUUUUAAACUAAUAUUAGUUCAAGUGAAUCAGAAGGGGAAUUUGAAAAUAAUAAAAGUUGUCAUUGUAAGGAUUGUGGACAUUAAUCCUAAAAAAUGAAAUAAAUGAAAAAGAAAUAUAGACGUUUUAGUCCAGUUAUGCAUGAAAAAAUGAAGGAAAGAAGAAAUAAAUUAAAACAAAAAUUUAAAAAUGCAGUUUAUGUUAUUAUGUGGAUGCAAAAAUUAGUAAUAUAAAGAAAGAAAAAACCUGUGUUUAUGAAAAAGAUAGUUAGAAUGAAAACUAAAAAAUUUGAAGCUCUAAAAAAAUCACCUUAAUUAGAUCAGUAGAUUAUUUACUUAGAUGUAAAAACUCAAUUCUAUAAAUUAAGCCCAUAUAACCAGUACAAGUUUAGAUGAUUGAUUUUAAGCACAAAUAACGAAAAUCAAUUGUGAACUAUCUCAACAAUAAAUUACAUGAUAUAGAAUCUCAUCCAAAUAACUAUUAGUUAUCACUUCCUAAAAUAAGAUAAUAAAAUAAUUUCUCUAGUACUCAUUCAAAAUUACUAUUAAAACAAUUAAAAACUUAAAUUGAUGAAGUCAAAAGUCCAUAAAGAAAUAAUCUACAUCAAAUAAUACACAAAGCUCUCCCUCCUUAAUAAUCUACAAGUUCACCUUAUUUAAAAUAACCCCCUUUGACAACAAGAAUAAGGUAAUUAUAAAAUAGACUCUUUUUAUCAGGGAGAUAUUGACUUUUUAAUAACCCAU